AUGAGCUCCUCCAAAUCCCGCCGGAAAGUAACUCCGGCGGCGGCCGCCGAUAACGGCGACUCGGCCGAGAAACUCGACCAACUCCUCCUCUCAUCCGCCAUCUCCAACGGCGAGGACGUCGGCCCCUUCGUCCGCAAAGCCUUCGCCUCCGGCAAACCCGAAACCCUCCUCCUCCACCUCCGCCACUUCUCCCGCUCCAAAGAGUCCGAAAUCGAAGAGGUCUGCCGCGCUCACUACCAGGACUUCAUCCAAGCCGUCGACGACCUCCGAUCUCUCCUCUCCGACGUCGACUCCCUCAAGUCCUCCCUCUCCGAAUCCAACGCCAAGCUCCAGGCCGUCGGCCUCCCCCUGCUGACGUCACUCGACUCGUUCGUGGAAGCUCGGAACGUGUGCCGCAACGUCAACCUGGCGCUCCAGUCGGUCCGGAGCUGCGUCCGGCUCAUGGAGCUUUGCUCCCGAUCCAACUACCACCUCUCCCGAGGCAACUUCUACAUGGCGCUCAAGUGCUUGGACACAAUCGAGUGCGUCUUCCUCGACAAAACGCCGUCGUCUACGAUCAAGCGGAUGAUGGAGAAGAAGAUUCCGGAGAUUCGGUGGUACAUCGAGCGCAAGGUGAUGAAGGACUUCAACGAUUGGCUCGUCGAGAUCCGAGUUAUGUGCCGGAAUUUAGGUCAAUUGGCGAUCGGGCAAGCCUCGUCGGCGAGGCAGAGAGAGGAGGAUCUGAGAAUCAAGCAGCGGCAAGCUGAGGAGCAGAGCAGGCUGAGCCUCAGAGACUGUGUGUAUGCUUUGGAGGAGGAGGAUGAAGAUCCGGUUGGAGAUGAUAGUAGCAAUGGCGAAGAUGUUGAUUUGACUCCAUUGUACAGAGCCUAUCAUAUACACCAGACUCUGGGAGUUGAGGACCGGUUCAAGCAGUAUUACUUCGAAAAUCGCAAGCUUCAGCUCACUUCGGAUUUUCAGGUAUCUUCCAUGACUCCGUUUCUUGAGUCUCACCAGACUUUCUUUGCGCAAAUCGCCGGGUUUUUUAUUGUGGAGGAUAGAGUUGUGAGGACCGGAGGUGGAUUGAUAUCGAAAUUGGAGGUUGAGAAUCUGUGGGAGACUGCUGUGAGUAAAAUGUGUUCAGUUUUAGAGGAUCAAUUUUCUAGGAUGCAGACUGCUAAUCAUUUGUUGUUGAUUAAGGACUAUGUGAGCUUGUUAGGUGUGACUUUGAGGAGGUAUGGGUAUUUGGUUGAUCCUUUGCUUGAUGUGUUGAGCAAGCACAGGGAUAAGUACCAUGAGUUGCUGUUGUCGGAUUGUAGAAAGCAGAUUACGGAAGCGCUAUCUGCGGAUAAGUUUGAUCAGAUGUUGAUGAAGAAAGAGUAUGAGUAUUCCAUGAAUGUGCUUUCAUUUCAGAUACAGACUUCUGAUAUCACGCCGGCUUUUCCUUAUGUUGCACCCUUUAGCUCUACGGUGCCUGAUUGUUGCCGCAUUGUGCGGUCUUUUAUUGAGGAUUCUGUGAGUUUCAUGUCCUAUGGUGGGCAGCUUGAUUUCUUUGAGGUUGUGAAGAAGUAUUUGGAUCGGCUAUUAAGUGAGGAUUUGGAUGGCGCUCUUGUGAAGCUUAUCAAUACAUCUAUCAGUGCGGUCUCUCACGCAAUGCAGGUGGCUGCUAAUAUGGCUGUCAUGGAGAGAGCAUGUGAUUUCUUCUUCAGACAUGCUGCUCAGCUUUCUGGCAUUCCUUUGAGAAUGGUGGAGAGGGGCAGGAGGCAGUUUCCACUCUGCAAAGCUCGCGAUGCUGCCGAAGACAUACUCUCGGGGUUGCUCAAACAAAAAGUUGAUGGAUUCAUGAUGCUGAUGGAGCAUGUGAACUGGAUGGCUGAUGAGACUCUGCAGAAUGGGAAUGAGUAUGUCAAUGAGGUGAUCAUUUAUUUGGAAACUCUGGUUUCCACUGCGCAGCAGAUAUUGCCACCAAAGGUUCUUAAACGAGUUAUACAAGAUGUCCUUUCUCACAUAUCAGAGAAGAUAGUUGGGGCUUUACUUGGGGACACAGUUAAGAGGUUUACCGUAAAUGCAAUUAUGAGCAUUGAUGUGGACAUUCGGAUAUUGGAAUCAUUUGCAGAUAAUCAAGCACCUUUACUAUCAGAGGAAGAUGCAAAUCAGUUGAAAUCAGCACUUGCUGAGUCGAGGCAGUUAGUUAAUUUACUCUUAAGCAACAAUCCAGAGACUUUUCUUAAUCCUGUAAUCAGGGAAAGGAGUUACAAUAAUUUGGAUUAUAGAAAAGUAGUGAUUAUUUCAGAAAAAUUGAGAGAUUCUUCGGAGCGGCUAUUUGGAACUUUUGGGAGUCGGGGAAGCAGGCAGAACCCGAAGAAGAAAUCUCUUGAUUCGUUGAUAAAAAGACUGAAGGAUGUGAGUUAAUCUGUUACAUAGCUAUGGCAUAAAACCUACGGGCGUGUGCUUUCACCAUUUAGAAGAUCCUGCAAAGGGUGAUAACUUUUAAGUCACUUCAGGAAAACUAAUUGCCAUCCAGUCAUCUUUGUAAGUU